CAAAGCAGUCAUACCAACUUUCUUGAGUCAUCACACUUUCUACCCCACCAUGCGCCUGAUCCCGAAUGCAUGACGCCAUAUAAUCAGCCAACGCCAUAUUGCCUGUCAAAGCUGUGUUGGCAAACACAAACAAAAUCAUGGAGACACAAAUUAAUACCGAUCUUUAUUAAAUGGCAUUACAACAAACUAGCAAAUGUGCCUAUUGCAAAUUUUUCGUGGGAUGCUUCGAAGGCAUUAAAGCGGUGCUAGGAUUAUAAUUCUAGUACCCAUGCUGAAGGAUGUGUUGUUGAAUAGAUUUGACAGAUGUGACGUGCGCUUUCUAAAUACGAAUUUUUAUUACACUUCUAAUCCUUAAAUCUUUAAGGUAUUCCGUAAAUGCGUCUUGAAUUAUGAAUCACAUGUUUGUGAACUAAAGUGUGUCAGCAGAUAUUAAUGAUUUCCGAAUAUUCAAAUAAAGGUAUGACUUAAGUUGAAUAUUUCCUUUUCUUCAACAUCAUUAAGGUAAUUGAGAGUUUGACACACUUUUCCUGAUAACAUUUUUUAUGACAUUUGAUGUUGAAUUUGAUGUCAUACUUCUCUUCAUCAGGAGAAUUUACAAAAAUGUUUGAGGAACUGAGAAUAUUGUUUGAACUUUUGCACAAAUACUUCAUAGUACGCAAACGGCACCUCAUCUGCAGCAUCGUCGAGUUUGUAUUAUGUGUGUGUUUGGUCUUCUUAAUUGUGAUCAUCCGGACUAACUUCGAUGUUGAACCUACGCACGUUAAUACGACAACAUACUAUCCUACCCUGAGUCAAAAUGAUUUAAUUAAUAAUAUUCAGAGGUCUAUGCUUCACCUCUAUUAUAAGCCUGACAAUAACUUCACCAGAAACCUUAUGCAGGAUGUCACUCGAUGUGCCAAGUUAUCACAAACCCAUCUAUUUGGUUUCGACUCUGAGGAUGCUAUGCUGCAGAGUUUUGAAAUACAACAAGGCAAAGAUGUGCUGAUCAGCAUAUUGGCAAUUGAUUUCGAUGACAAUGUUGUCGGGCCAGAGCAAAAGACAUUUACAUAUACAAUACGCUCUUCACAGCCGAUUCCAGACAAAUUAUUCGAAUUUGGCUCUGAAAGUUUCAGUACAGCAUCUGAUGCCUUGAUAGAGGCUAUUCCCGUUGUCCCUCUACAAAUGUGUCUUGACAAUGGGUUCAUUGCCCGUGUUGCUCCUUAUGAUUCAAAAAAACCAACGGUUUUUAUACGCAAGAUGCCGUAUCCACCAUAUGAUACAAUCAAUUUUAUGGAAAUCUCAAUGCAGGCUGGCAUAUACAUACUAGGAGGUUUUAUUUUUAGUGCUACAAUAUAUUUAAUACCAACAUAUGUCAGUGCAGAAAAAUCCACUGGUGUAAACACUCUGCUAAAAAUGAAUGGAGUGAAAUCAUACCAAAACUUUUUGAGUUGGCAAGUGGGAGGAAUGUUGUUCAGUAUUGUUCCUCUAUUUGCAAUAACAGUGCUUUUGAAGCUGAGCUUUGCAUCUGGCCAGAAAGCGUUUUAUUAUCACAGUGAUUGGUGUAUAAUCUGGCUUGCGCUUUUCUUAAAUUCAGCCCACUUACAUGCCUUUUGUCUUCACGUAGCCUCAUACUUUUCCAAGGCAUGGCUUGCUCAAUCGGUAGCAACGAGCAUCUACGCUAUUAUAAACGUAAUUGUAUACCAACUCGAAACCUAUGGAAAAUUCACUUUUAUACCAUACCUUGGACUUCUCUGUCCAACUGCAGCUACUAUGAGAAUAUUCGACGAACUCAAUAAGCGUGAAAACGAUCUAAGUGGGGCACAUUGGGAUAACUUAUUCGAGGCGGCGCAUCCAUCAUUAAAAGUGACCGGCAGUCUCGGUUUUAUAAUGUUGUUCAGUAUUUUUGGUGUAAUCUGCCACUUUAUGAUCGCUGUAUAUCUGGACGCCGUUUUACCCAGUAAAUAUGGUAUUCAGAAGCCACCAUUAUUUUUCUUACAGAAUUUCAGGCAGAAUAAGGUAUGCAGUAGCUAUAAUGAUAUAUCGUCACACGGUUCGGAAGGAGAGCCCAAAAUAUUAGAACCUGUAGACAAAGGAACCCUAACUACAGGCAUACAACUGAGAAAUUUAACUAAAUGUUUCACGUGUGGCUGCUUCAAAUCACAUAGAGUCAAUGCGGUUCGAGGCAUUAGUUUGGAUUUUUAUAAAGGGCAGAUCACUGCUUUGCUAGGACAUAACGGUGCUGGCAAGACUACCACAUUUUCAAUUUUGACAGGUUUGACAGCACCGUCGUCAGGAACUGUCUACAUAAAUGGCAAAGACGUGAGUAAAGAUUUGGAUGUAAUCAGGAGUGAUUUGGGUGUUUGCCCGCAAGAAAAUACGACAUUUCCCGACCUUACCGUAUCAGAACAAUUACAAUUAAUUGGUUCGUUGAAACAAAAAGAUUUGACUCGGGAGCAGUUGGUACAAAAAGUUGACGAUUUACUGGAAAAAUUGAAUUUAAAAGAUAAACGCGACGUUAUGCCAGAAAAACUCUCUGGCGGGCAGAAAAGAAGACUGUGCUUGGGGAUGGCGCUUAUUGGCAAUGCAUCUACGUUAUUCUUAGAUGAACCAACUUCUGGUAUGGAUCCAGAGACAAGUAGGGAAACAUGGGAUAUGAUAUUGAAAUAUCGUAAGCAGAAAACGAUUAUAAUUACAACACACAGCAUGGAGGAAGCCGAUGUUCUUGGGGAUCGAAUCGCAAUUAUGCAUUCUGGACAAAUGAAGUGUUAUGGUACACCGAUGUUUUUGAAGAAAUUUUAUGGGCACGAUUAUCAUGAGGUAACACUAUCGACAUCAUCAUGGUGUGAUGUAGACAAGAUUCAAGAAAUAGUUGGCAAAAAUGCAAAGUUAAAUUUGUCACAUCAAGGUAGAAUAGUUGUGAGCAUUCCAUUCACUAGUUCCUUACCAGAGAUCUUGGAUAAUAUUGAAAGUCAAAAACUGCAGCUUGGAAUUACUGGUGUUAGCGUAUCGAUGAUUACGCUGGAACAAGUUUUCUUGAAGGCUGCAGAAGAAGAAGAGAAUGUCGAACCUGUUGAUGACGUUGAUGGAAUUGAAGCACCCGUUGCAAAAAAUUAUAAACGGUUGACAGGAUUUGCGCUUACGCGACAGAUGAUUUCAGCUUUGUUCAACAAGAAAAUAACAUACUUUUCGAACAAUCCGUCUUUAUUCCUGAUAAUAAUUUUGGGCUCUCUGUUCGCAGUAGUAUUUCCAAUUCUUUUCAAGACAAGUAAUUUUAAUGUAAAAGACAUGCGAUCGCUUGAUCUCGGAUUAUAUGAAAGUCCAGAAGCUCUGAUCCACUCUGAAAAUGAAUUGCUUGGAAAGAAGUACAAAGAGAUCAUUGAACACCAUGGUGGUACAGGAAUAUUUGAAACUGAUAAAGCUAGUCUGAUCGAUGGGCUGCUAUCCAGGGCUACAGCAGAUUUGACGUAUUACAAGUCUCAUAUGAUAAUCUCCGCAGAAUUUAAUGCGAGUUUCGCAGCAAGCGCUUUUUAUUCUGGUAGUGCAAGUUACAGUGCUCCAAUAACUGUGAAUACUAUGUCAAAUUUAGUGCUAAAAACAGUGGCUGGUGACCAAUAUUCAAUUGUCACGAAAAUUGGUGAUUUACCUCGAUCAUUGACGCAGAACGCAAAGAAUAAUAUAUUAACCAGGAUUGAUAUGAUCACAUGGAUCAUUUUGUUCAUGAUAACAUUCUUUCAUGUCGUUUCAUUAUUUCUCAAGCAUCCUCUCAUGGAAAAUAAUAGUAAAGUCAAACAACUUCAGCAGAUGGCUGGUGUCUCUUCUUUUAUGUACUGGGGAACCACGUUUAUCUUUGAUUUUGCGUUUUAUAUUGUAGUAACGGUCCAAACAGUUUUUGGAAUUUUCGUAGUGGAUUUAAUUUAUCAAUCCAACAAUAUCCGGUGUACGGAAAUAGGAAUCCUUCUGCUAUUAUUUUUGCUCUUCGGGAUCAACAUUCUUCUAUUAGCAUACAUAUUCAGUUUUAUAAAGAAACCAUUUCAUACCGUAUAUUCAAUUUUGAGCGGCAUCUCUUUAUUAUUGAUCUUUGUUUUAAUUCCCCUUCACGAAGUGUUGAAGUAUAUGGAAAAUGCCGAAGUUGGUAACACACUGCAGAGAAGAAUAUUUUCAUUCAUACCUCAUGUCAGUUUUGUCUUUGCAUACAUGCGAUUUGGAGAAAUAGCUGUUGAUAAUGCCAGAUGCCGGGGGUUGUCCAAUCGGUUAAUUGAAGCUGCCUGUGCCAUUCGUGAUCCAUGUUGUGAUAUGAAUUGUUUUGAUGGGUACUGUGCAAAUCCAAUACCGUAUUUUAAUACUUCUCGAACAGGAGGUGGAUUCUAUGAAUUUGUCAUGUAUUUACUUCUCACACCGAUCAUCUUAGUGGGAAUAUUAUACAUGCUAGAAACACAGGCAUUCGAAGAAUUCGCAAAUUUGUAUUCUAAACUUAGAAAGAAUCCAGAGAAAUCGAUCGAUCAGGAUAUGGUCGUAGAUAGCGAAGUUGCUAAGGAGAAAAGUAUCAUACGACAAGGAAUUAAUCAACGUGCCGGAACUCCAGACUGUGAGGAUGAAAACGUUUUCUUGGCCUAUGAGCUGAGUAAACGGUAUGGAAAAUUGGAGGCCGUGAAGGAGGUCAAUUUCAGAGUGAAGAAAAAUGAAUGUUUUGGUUUACUUGGUGUAAAUGGUGCUGGAAAAAGUACGACAUUUAGAAUGUUAGUUGGAGAAGAAGUUCCAACCGGUGGAAUUCUUCAUCGUAGUUGCUACAACAUCAAGACCAAUCGAACGAAGUAUUUGGAAGGGAUAGGCUACUGUCCCCAAAGCAAUGCUUUGAUCCCAUAUUUUAAUGCGAUAGAACAUUUGACUCUUUUUGCUCGGCUCAGAGGUAUACCCGAUUCUGAAGUUUCGUCGGAGGUUCAUUCGUGGGUUGAAAGGCUGAAUUUGAGCAAACACGCGAAGAAUCCAAGCGUAACUUACAGUGGUGGAAAUAAAAGACGUUUAAAUAUUGCAAUAGCUCUGAUCGCCAGCCCGCAAAUGGUCCUGCUGGAUGAACCGACUACUGGAGUUGAUCCGGCAGCAAGAAGAUCGGUGUGGAGUGUACUUCAAAGUUGCCAAGCAUCUGGCCAAGCUAUUAUACUGACUUCCCACAGUAUGGAAGAAUGCGAAGCUCUAUGCAACAGGUUGGUAAUAAUGGUCCAAGGUCGAUUUGUAUGCGUUGGGGCAAGUCAGGAAUUGAAAGAACGUUUUGGCGCCGGUUUCAAUAUCACAAUCAAACUAAAUCCUGGUAGAUCGAAUGAUGAUUAUAAGGAGAUCAAAAGAAAAAUCCAAAGUGCGCUCAUCUGUGAAUUGAAGGAUGAACAUCCGGGGUAUUUAUUUUAUCACAUCACUGACUCUGAAGCGACUUGGUUGAAAAUGUUCGAGACAAUGAAUAAUGUCAAAUCCGAACACGGAUGUAUCGAAGAUUUCACCGUAUCUUCGUCUACCUUGGAACAACUGUUCAUGCAAUUCGCCAGAUCCACGGAUCCACUUAUGGAAUCACUUGCUUCAAACCGAACUACUUCUAACAAUGAGAUAAAUAGAGUGUAAGACAAAAAUUUGAUUAAAUUAAGUGUCGUAAUGAGAUAAUCAUUUCACACUGAGUUGGAUACCGACCAACACAAACGACAACAGUGGACGAGGAAAUCAUUUUAGUCGUUUUUCAGCUUUUGAUGUGAUUCAUGAAACGCUCGUAUUUCCUCGAAUCUCAAUUUAAAUAUUAUAGUUAUGGAUAUUGGCGUGGAUAACUUCGCCGGAAAAACAGGCGUCACGAAUUUCGGUCGUAAUGCUACGUGCUAUUUUUUAUAAAAAACCAUUACCGAAGCAGUUUUCGGUAUCCAGGGAACGUUGAACGUUGAUAUACCCAGGUUGAAACUAUAUAUUAGGCCGCAUAUGAUACUUAUAAAUGUGUAUAUGAUAUCUAUGAUCUAAGAUAUGAAUGAUGAGCACAUUGGUAUUUACAUACCAAACAUACAUAUGUAUAAUCAUUCCAUGUUCAAUGUGAGCUCUCAUAAUUGGAGCUAAUGUUUCACUGUUUACUCGGGCUUUAAUAUUGUAUGACUGUUGAAAAAAUUAUAAUUCUAAGAUAACCGAUGUUGAUAGUCCAAGUACACGACAACAAGCAGUAUGACUCAAGUUAAAUAAAAAAAGUCGAAUUGGCAAUCAAACAGAAAUACAGAACGUCAUCGCACACUCGACAGAAUCUUACUACGUACUAAAUUUAUAGUUUAUAAUAAGACUGAUAAUCAAAGGAUAGCAGCUGGGAGGGAGAUAGUGGUAUUCUAAUACCAGUGUAAUAGGGCGUAUAAAGUUUUAAAAUUGAUUAGACCUAAUUCCGUUCCAGUAAUUGAUUUAAUAAUUGACAUCAUUGUGAUCUGAAAUUACCGCGCGUACACACAUUGUAUUACCACUGUACACCGUAUACUCUAUUACUUCACGCAUACCUGUGUAUAAACUCGGGCUCGUACUACUUUCUUUACCCUUUAAUUUGAAUUCAAUGUCGUAGCCUCAACUGCAGUCUACUAUAACUAGGUAUGUGAAGGUCAUUAAACGAGCAACAAGUUAGUUUACGUAAUGCACCUGUGCAAGAAUUUGUAUAUUAUUUUGAAAUAACAAAGAGUAUUUAUAAUGAAUAAACUAUAUGAUUGUACCAUAA